UUUUCGAGUAUAUUAAUUUCUUAUUGACCUCUGCGCAACGCGCGUUGAACUACCGUCAAUAUGGCGGAUAUUUAUUAAAAGUACAUAUUUACAAAAUGAUAUGUGAAUUCUUGUGUUAUUUUACUGAGAUACGUGAAAUUAUUGGGGUGAAAACAUUUGCCAUUGAAUGAAGCACCAAUUGGACUGGUAGUAAGUGAACCAACCCUCAUAUCGCUGAGUCUCUGAAAUGACUAACGAAAACGUUUUUAUCAAACAAGAAGUGGCCGAUGAUGAAAUGGAUGUUGACGAAGACUUACCCACUUUGGGUCCUGCAGCAUUGGGUCUUCAGCGAGUUGGAACUGUACCCCCCCCAAAACCCACUCCAACCCAACCCACUCAAGUUUUAAAUGCUCGAGGAAUGCCCGCUAGGAUUCGAAAAAAGAAUAAGCUAUUUUUCGAUGAUGAUAUUGUUAACACUCCACAUCACAGGGUUACAAGUGCAAAGAAACACAAACCUUCGCCAGUUAAAAAACAAACUCCUGUUAAAAUUAAGUCAGAAAAAAAUGAAUAUUUGAAACCCACGCCAAAGAAAUCCAGUAAGGAAAUCAAGGAUGAACCCAAGGAAAAUUCCUUACCACCUCUGAAUACUCCCGAUAAAAAAGUUGGACAAAAAAUCGGACAUCGCUUGAGAAAUUUGCUUAAACUCCCCAAAGCUCAUAAGUGGGUAUGUUACGAGUGGUUUUACAGCAAUAUAGACAACUGCUUAUUUUCUGGCGAAAAUGAUUUCAUGAUUUGUUUGAAGGAAUCAUUUCCGGAAUUAAAGACCCGAGAAUUAUCCAGGAUUGAAUGGACUAAAAUUCGUAGGAUGAUGGGAAAGCCUCGCAGGUGUUCCCAAGCAUUUUUCAAUGAGGAGCGGCUCGAACUAGAGAAAAAAAGAAAAAAAAUUAGGGCAUUGCAGCAACGGAAAGCUACAGAUUUGACAAGUUUCAAGGAUCUCCCACCUGAAAUUCCAAUGCAGUUAGUUAUAGGAAGCAAAGUAACUGCUAGGCUUCGGAAACCACAAGAUGGUCUCUUCACGGGUAGUAUUGAUGCUGUUGAUACUUCCAACAAUACAUAUAGAAUCACUUUCGAAAGGCAAGGGCUGGGUACUCACUCUGUACCUGACUACGAAGUUUUAUCUAACGAAGCUCCUGAAACGAUAUCUCUUCAAAGCUUUCGAGCUAAGUUUCGCCCGAGAAACAGCGCCCCACUCACACCGUUGAAUAACAAGAGUCCAAUUUUGAACAACCUUAAAUUCAGAAAAGAUCCAUUAUUAUCUGGUUCGAUGCUCAACAAACCAGUUCUCCCUAUCAAUACAGAGGAAGGAAAAAUAGGCGGAUUUCCGGCAAAACUUCUAGAGAGGAUGGUUUUGGUUACGAAAAUCCUCAAUGUAAAAAACUCAAAAAUAAAACUCAUCAAAUGCAUGAACUCCGAAGCAGAAAAAAUGAAUUCUUUCGAUCAAACGAUUCCGGAGGAGUUUGAGAGACGAUAUGCGAGUAUUUUAAUAGAUUUAGAAAAACUCAAUAUCGAUUUGCAAAUGUACCUGGAUGAGAUGCAGAUCUACUGCCAACAAAUAGCCCCAGAACCUAGCGUAGCUGCAAUGUUAGCACCGUCACAUUUACGCGAAAAAUGUAGGGAGGAAGCUACGGACAUUGUCGAUAGGCAUAAUAUGAUUAUUGCUGGGGAUAAGAGUUCUUGUCAGAACCCUUUGAUUCUCGAUUUAAUAACCGAUCUGACAGCUCUUCUGUUGCAAGUGAAAUGCUUGUCAGAUUCUGAGCAGAAUUCGUAUGAACUCCAAGUACUUCAAGGCACUAUGGAGCAGAUUAAAAGGAAAUUGAGCACUAGUAACCAGCCAGUUUUUCAGAGUAAUAUUGAGGUCCAUGUGAAACAAAUUGAAUUUGGCUUGAACCAGGUGAAUAUAGACAAACUUGUUAUAGGGACGAUGCAAACUUGAUGUUUUAUCAAAAAAAUAUUUGAUUAAUUUUAAACUUUUGUUUUAAUUUGAUAAACGGUUGUCACAACAAUGUAGAAAAAGAAAAACUUUCCAUAAUGAAUGUUGUAUAAAAAAGGGACAGCUCAAAGAUUCUUAGAAGAGGUCUAAAGUUAUAUGGUAUUUUUUAUUGUUCUUGAUAACAAAUCUUUCUCCUCUCUAAAUUUUGGUUAUCAUUAUAUCAUCAGUAACUAAAGUUGUUAUACAAGGAUAAUGUAAGUCAGCGUGGGGGAUUCAAAAA